AAUCAGAUCAGAGACGUGAAGAACAGGGCAGAAAGCUCUGGGGUUCUUGUGUAGUCAGGGAGGGAAGAACUAGCUAAGCUAGGAGAUGCAAGGGAAGAACGAGUUAUAGAUUCAUAGUUCUCAAAGAGAGAACAUUAAUUUAGAAAAGAAACAAAAAUCAAGUUAAGCCUCUCUUACCUAAUUACCUUACCAGCGUUUGAGCUCUCUCGUUAAGCCCUCUCUUACCUUACCUUACCAGCGUUUGAGCUCUCUCUCUCUCUCUCUCUCUCUCUCUCUCACAUUCAUAUAUAUGUUCACCAAAACGAUAACAAAUACAUGCAACAAUUCAAACUCACACAAGCACCCCAUUCCCCUAUAGGUUCACUGUUCACAGCUCUCUCUCUCUCUCCCCUACUCUCUUUCUCAACCCGGCCCUCUACGGGCUCCUGCAACUUGUUUUUCCGUGUAUUUAUUACUCAAUAACACGCACGCACGCUCUCUCUCCCUCUUGCAUAAAUCCCACUAAGGACCAAACCCUAUUCAGUUUGUUAGCUGUAUCUCUUCCAAAAGAUCACAAACACUUUUCCAUAAUUCCCACCCAAGAGAGAGAUCAAGCAAGAGGAAAAAAUUAACAUGAACAGUAGUUUUGAUUCUAAAAAAAGAGAAGACUCCUUGAAAGGAAGAUGGCAAGAGAUUAGAAGAGUCCCAAACAUGAGCCAGUACACUCGACCAACUUCUUCUGUACCCAACUUCAUGGCUAAGCCUAUAACCUUCCCUGGCUUUGAAGAUGACGAUGUUGUUUCCACCAUGAUCCCUCCGGUGACAGUUGCUCUCGAGGGCCGUUCGAUCUGCCAGAGAAUUAGCCUUCAUAAGCAUGAAAGCUAUCAUAGCCUUGCAAAGGCUCUAAGGCAGAUGUUUGUUGAUGGAGCUGGCAGCGAUUCAGGACAGAACACAUCAUCAGCAUCAGAUAGUGUUAGUGAUCUUGAUCUUGAUCUUUCAAAUGCGAUUCCUGGUCAUCUCAUUGCCUAUGAAGACAUUGAAAAUGAUCUCCUUCUUGCCGGUGACCUUAACUGGCAAGAUUUUGUGCGUGUGGCCAAGAGGAUUAGGAUACUGCCCGCAAAGGGGAAUUCAAGGAAGGCAACAGGAGGGACGGCUGUGUGACGAUUGCAUUGGUCAAGGUGUAAGAAGCCAUGGAAGUUAUAUAUACGUACACUUUAAUAUUAAAAAACUGGUUUUAUGUGUUUUUAUCAUGGAAAAGAUGGUGGCGAUUAAGCUAGAUUUCUUGUGAAGGACACGAAGUUUUUCCGUGUGUAAACUGUAAAAUACCUCGUUUCCUUCUUUGAAUGAAAGAACUUUAAUUUCCCGA